AUGCGCAGCAAGCAACAACCCAGGCCCUCCUUCCGGUGGCCGCAGCAACGCGGCGAUAACGUUACCGGGGAGGACGGCGUCGAAGGCACAGGUCCUGGAACGGAACUCCAGGCUGAGGAGGGUGACUGUGUUGAUGAGGAUGGACCAAGUAGUCCGAGUGAAAGGGGCUGCCCACCAGUUACCAAGGAGGAUGAAGAGGCCGAUGGAACGGAUGACGAUGAUUCAGAGCAGAGUCCGUCAACACCACCACCAUUAGCCUCAAUGAGGUUAAAUCCUACUGCCCUGAGAGAUACAGGACCACCCGACAGGGAGCCAAUGAGUCCGCGUUGUCCUUCACGGGAUUCGCGGGAAUCGUCCGGUCCAGCAGCCGGAAGUCCCCCACCUCAGGCAACUCGCAGCAGCACGAGUCCAAUUAGUCCGAGCAGCAUUGUGCCUGUACCCCUCGGUAGUCACCCCCUACUGCCCUCCCACUCUGCCGCGGUUAUGGCAGCCUACAUACAGCAAACCCACCAGAGAUUCCUCCUGGGUCACUCGCCCCUCUCGGCCCGAGGAUCGGUAUCACCACUGGUAUCGUCAUCCUGCUCACCACCCGCCGCAACUCCGGGUAUCCUCGUGUCCCCCGCGAGUACCGGAGAAGUUUCGCCAACCGCGACACCCCUCCCCGUGGUGUUGGACUUCAGCACGCGGAAGGCGUCGUCCGCCGAUGAAGACGAUGACGAGCAAAUUCUGAACCUCAGCAAACCGCCAACACCCUCGUCCUCGAAUGAAACUAACAACGGGCCCCUGGAUCUCUCGGUGUCGAGUAGGAAGCGGCCGUCUCGGGAGGACGAGUCGCCCCCACCGCCACCGAGAAAAUCCUCUCGACUCGGAUCAAUCGCCCCAGCUCAUCAAGACUCGCCGGCUAAUGCUUUUGGACGACCACCCGUCGUAUCUCCGUGGAGUUCUCCGGUCGUCGCCUCACACCUUCCGUACUUUGCCGCAGCUGUUGCUGCGGCUACUAGUCAACAACAAUUAUCGCCCAAGAGCACACCCAGUGUAGAUCCCCAUCAAUUAUGGAACGGCAAAAUGAAACCACCUGUGAUGGACAAGUCCUACCAGCCCAGUGAAGCGACCAAAGCACUCGAGAAGAUGAGUGAACUCAGUAAACUCGGUGGCGACGAGCUCUACAGGUCGUCGUCAGGUGGCUCCAGUGGUAAUUCCGGUGGUAACAAUCCAAGUGGAGCGUCAGGAAGUCGACACAGCGCAUGGCAGUCUCACUGGCUCAACAAAGGUGCUGAUCAAGCGAAGGACGUACUCAAAUGCGUGUGGUGUAAACAAAGUUUCCCAACGCUGGCCGCGAUGACGACGCACAUGAAGGAGGCGAAACACUGCGGUGUCAAUAUGCCUGUCAACAUGCCGUCCUCUGGACUGCAGCCACCCUCGAUAUCGUCGAUGCCACAGCAGCAGCAGCCCUCCCAUCAACCACCUCAAUCCCAGGGAGGUAACGCGACGCCAAGUAGUAAACAAAGUCCGUCUGAGCUGAACCUCCUCAUCAAGGAGACGAUGCCGUUGCCCCGGAAACUAGUUCGCGGACAGGACGUGUGGUUGGGCAAGGGUGCUGAACAGACGCGGCAGAUUCUCAAGUGCAUGUGGUGUGGUCAGAGCUUCCGAUCUCUCGCUGAAAUGACCUCCCACAUGCAGCAGACACAGCAUUACACCAACAUCAUAUCCCAGGAGCAAAUCAUCUCCUGGAAAUCGUCGGACGAUAGUAAGGGUGGCAGUGGUGGGGGAUCUGCUGGGAUUGGGUCCACGGGUGGGUCCACAGGUGGUCCGGGAUUACCCCCAGGAGGCGGGGGCGGACAGCACGGGGGCAACACCGGUGGCCCGCCUGGUGGCGCCACCAGCAGUCACGUGAGUGCUGUAUUAACCUGCAAAGUUUGUGAUCAAGCCUUCAGCUCGUUGAAGGAACUCAGUAAUCACAUGGUGAAGAACUCCCACUACAAGGAGCACAUCAUGCGCUCGAUUACCGAGAGCGGGGGUCGACGAAGACAGACCCGGGAGAAGAGGAAGAAGUCUCUGCCGGUGCGGAAACUCCUCGAGCUUGAGCGAGCGCAGAAUGAAUUCAAAAACGGUGAUUCCGCGGCAGGACUUGCUCACAGCCUUGGUAAACACGCUGGGAGGAUAACGUGCGAAAAGUGUGGGGAUAAAAUCGAGACCACGGUGUUUGUCGAGCAUAUACGUCAGUGCAUAGGAUCGGGAGCGGUGGGUGUCAAUCAACGUAAUUUCCUCAAGAAUGCGCUGAUGUCCAAUCACAUGACUCAAGUGCUCACUGAGAGCGGUAGAAAGAGCGUGAAUGAGGAGACGUCAUCGGUGUCAUCGAGACAUCACCGAUCGCCGUCGUCGGCGAGUGACGCCACAACACCGGGUAAAGAGGCUCCCACCGCCAGUGCCAAUGAAACGACAAACAGCACAUCCUCACCAUCUGUACUUAACGCGAUUGAAAAGCUCAUUGAGAAGAGCUUUGACUCACGCGUGAGACACGGAACCCCGGGCUUGCAUCACGCCCAGCCGGGGGCGCCGAUAGGCUCGAGUAUCCUCAAGCGUCUGGGCAUCGACGAGAGCGUGGAUUACACAAAACCUCUCGUCGAUCCGCAAACGAUGAAUCUACUGAGGAAUUAUCAGCAGCAGCACUACAACUCCGCGAACGCAACGAGACGGGAGAGAAGUGGGAGCGAAUCGAGCUCGAUAUCAGAGAGGGGUAGCAAUCGAACAGAUACACUGACACCGGAGAGACGUAUGGACUUGUCCAUGAGUCACGACAGACUGUCGACAUCGUCGCAUCGUCAGCGAUCGACACCGGACAAGCAGAGCACAACACCCAGUCGUCACUCGCUGCCGGAAGAAUCCGGUGACGAGGAGUCUGUUAUCGUGAAGAAGGAGCCACACGACGACGAUGGCGAGCAGUCAAUAACCAACGAGGACGAUCCCCAAGCCCCUCGGGACGUGGUGGUGAAGAAGGAACUGGUGGACGACACCAGGGAGGACGAGGCGACGUCGCCCUCUUACAACUGCCAUCCGCGGAUUCAUGAAGGAAUCGACGAGACUAGGGAAGCGGCGUCGCCCCAGGUGAACCCUUCCACUCCGAGACCACCAAGCCAGCACGAUCAACCCCCUGUCCCGCCGUCAAGAAGUCCCUGCAGAAACAGCACGAGUAGUCCAGCCAGUAGUGACCGUUCAGUGACCCCUCGGGGCACCCCGGACACCAAGGCAUCCAGCAGCCUUGGCGCUCUCUCCUCGAUGUUUGAUAGCCUUUCAGGUGGCACUGGUGCCAACGCCAACUCCGACUCGCAGAGUCGCAAGACCAGUAGCCACCCCCUCGCAGCUCUGCAAAAGCUCUGUGACAAGACUGAAACCCGAGUGCCCAGUGGUUCUGGCAGCUCAAGAUCGGCAGGCAGCAGUGGCCAAAGUAUUUCCACCAGUGGGAGCGCAAGCUCUGGGGGCUCCGGCCAAAGUGGUGGCCCAACACCAGGUGCCAUUCUGGCCUUCAGUUGGGCUUGCAACGACGCCGUUGUCACUGCUGACUCCAUCAUGAAGUGCGCAUUCUGCGAUACGCCUUUCAUAUCGAAAGGCGCCUACAGGCAUCAUCUCUCGAAGAUGCAUUUCGUCAAGGACGGCGUCAUUCCGGAUCCCCUGACGAUCGGCAGAUCAGCUGCGGCUGCGGCAGCCGCGGCCGCAGCAGCCGCUGCUGCGGUCGCUGCUCAGUCGUCGUCCGGAGCCAGUCACAGCGCUGCAUCACCACCUAGCUCACAGCACAAUAAGUCACCACCUGUACAACAGGUAAAUGGCAGCCCAUCUCAACCAUCGGCCUCUCCUCUCGAGGAGAGCCCCCACUCAAAGUUUCUCAAGUAUACGGAGCUAGCGAAACAAUUGUCUAGCAAAUACGUAUAG